AGGAUGGGACAUGGAAUGAGGCGACGGCCGCAGCACCCCCAGCAGCUCCCUCCACCCCCGCCGCCCGGAGAAGCCGUGCAGCCAUGAGGCCGACCGUCCAGAGGUGGGUGUGAAGCUUUGUGGCAAAAUUCAAGUCGCCUUUCUAGGCACGGCCCGUAAGCGGAGUUCCAGCCGCCGCUGCCCCUUCGCGCGUCCUGCGACAGCCAGAAGCAUGGAGAAGGCCGCCCCCGUGGGGCGCUGAUCCCCGUACCGCGCCCGCGCGCACACGCCCCCCGCCGCCCUCCCCGCCUCUGCCCCACCAUGACCGGCUCAGCGGCCGACACUCACCGCUGCCCCCACCCCAAAGGCGCCAAAGGCACCCGGUCCCGGAGCAGCCACGCGCGGCCCGUGAGCCUCGCUACUAGCGGGGGCUCGGAGGAGGAGGACAAAGACGGCGGGGUGCUGUUUCACGUUAACAAGAGCGGCUUCCCCAUCGACAGCCACACCUGGGAGCGCAUGUGGAUGCACGUGGCCAAAGUGCACCCCAAGGGGGGAGAAAUGGUGGGCGCCAUCAGGAACGCCACCUUCUUAGCAAAGCCUUCAGUACCCCAGGUUCCCAACUACAGGCUGUCGAUGACGAUCCCAGAUUGGCUCCAGGCAAUCCAGAACUACAUGAAGACACUACAAUACAAUCAUACAGGGACCCAGUUCUUUGAAAUUAGGAAAAUGAGACCGCUGAGUGGGUUAAUGGAAACAGCGAAAGAAAUGAUUCGGGAGUCCUUGCCUAUCAAAUGCCUUGAAGCUGUCAUCCUGGGCAUAUACUUAACCAAUGGACAGCCUUCCAUCGAGCGAUUCCCCAUCAGCUUUAAAACCUACUUCUCAGGAAACUACUUUCACCAUGUUGUGCUGGGGAUUUACUGCAAUGGCCGCUAUGGCUCACUGGGCAUGAGCCGAAGGGCUGAGCUGAUGGACAAGCCAUUGACCUUUCGGACUCUGAGUGACCUCAUCUUUGACUUUGAAGACUCCUACAAGAAAUAUCUGCACACAGUCAAGAAGGUCAAGAUUGGGUUGUAUGUCCCCCAUGAGCCUCAUAGCUUCCAGCCCAUCGAGUGGAAGCAGCUGGUCCUCAAUGUCUCAAAGAUGUUGAGGGCUGACAUAAGGAAGGAGCUGGAGAAAUAUGCCAGGGACAUGAGAAUGAAGCUCCUGAAACCUGCAAGUGCCCACUCUCCAACCCAAGCGAGAAGCCGGGGAAAAUCACUGUCCCCCCGACGGAGGCAGGCGAGCCCCCCAAGACGGCUCGGCAGGCGAGACAAGUCGCCUGCACUGCCUGAAAAGAAGGUGGCUGAUCUCAGCACUCUGAAUGAAGUGGGCUAUCAAAUCCGAAUUUAGGCCAGCAAUACAGCCAGCAACAGGGCUUCUAUGGUGCUUCUGUCUGCACUUUACCCAGCAUCUUCAGGAGGAACUGCAACUAUUUAUUAAGAACUUGUGAAUUUUAUUUGUAAGGGUUCACUUGGAAUAGACUCUGAGUGGGUGGUAACAAUUAACUUUGAAAAAAUUCACGAAGGGACAACCACGAAAAGGCUAAGUAAUAAACCCCACUGCGGUCAGACUCACUCUGGAUAGAAAGGGUAAGACCAUAACUGUAGUUUUAUAUUUUCCCAUUUACCUACAUUCUUUUACUUGUUUUAAACAGCAGUAAUAAAUGUUCAUGAAACCCUCCCUCCCACUUUUGAUAUAGUAAGGUAAACUCAAUCAGUAUUAAUGUCUUUUUCAGCAAUAACAGCGGCAAAGAUUGGUGGGUUUUUUUUUUAAGCAGUCAAUAUUACCUCAGCAUCUUGACAUCAGAUAUGCAAAUUUAAUGGUGUUUUGUUUUUUUAUAUUCUAUUUGUAUUGUUUCCCCAGUAUUUUCCAUGGGGAUCUCCACAAGGUCUGGAAUUUUUUUUCCUGGUGCACACAUGCGAUGAAAUUUAAGGUAUUAUAUAUGCAAGUGUUCUACUAAAAAAGCACUGAAAUUCUUCUGGCAAUACGGGAAACCAUUUUCAGAACCUUGGAGUCACUUCUUUCUUAAAUCUUUCUUAAAGCAUUCACUGACAGCAGUUUUUGUUCUUUCAAAACAAGAAAAGCACGUUCAGAAGCUAGUCUAUGUUCUGUCACUAACAUUUAAACUUUGCAGAGUCCAGCAAAAAGCACACAGGGUCAUGAACUGUUACACAAAUUUAGCAGUAUUGCAAUUACCUCUGACAGUAACACACUCAAAGGCACAGGCCAGGAGUGAAUCAGUAGGUCUUGAGAACCAGCUAACCUUGCUGAUCCCAUUUCACCUGAUUUUGAAACUCUAAGUCAGGCCUUGAUUCUGAAGGACUCACUGUUGUUAGAGAUGUGUUCUGAUGUCUUAUAUUAAGACCAAAUACAACACGAUGUGAUUAUUUUCCAGUACCUUGCUUUUAGGUACCACUUCAUGGUGCUUAGAAACUGGUAUUGGAAAAUACAAUGAAUUAGAGAAGCAGAACCUUUUUUUUAAUGGAAAAGUCUUCAGGUACAGUGUUACACCUUAUAGUGUGAUUUAGUCCACGGAGCACAGUAUGAAUAUCUGGCCUGCAUAUGGUAGUUACAGUGUAACUUCUGGCUGCAGACCACACAGAAUAACUCUAACAGCAUACCAAGUCUGUAUGUUAUCAAGAAUACAGCUUCCGUUUCAUUUGUUUGAUCUUAGCAACCAUGCCAACUCAUGAGACCAAAAGGCAUAUUUUUUUUGUGUGUGCGGUACGCGGGCCCUCUCACUGUUGUGGCCUCUCCCGUUGCGGAGCACAGGCUCCAGACGCACAGGCUCAGCAGCCAUGGCUCACGGGCCCAGCCACUCCGCGGCAUGUGGGAUCUUCCUGGACCGGGGCACGAACCCGUGUCCCCUGCGUUGGCAGGCGGACUCUCAACCACUGCGCCACCAGGGAAGCCCCCAAAAGGCAUAUUUAAGUGAAGUCUGCUAGUCAACAAAAGUGUUAUUUCAGUCUCAGUGCUUCCCCUUCUGACUUUCUUUGACUGAAGUGUACAUCUCAGUUAGAUUAAAAUACAGCGUAAGUUAAAAAUUCAGAACUUAACCACUUUCCUCAAGAAUACUAUCAGUUAGCAGAAUUUAAAAUGAGUUAUCUUUAACCUUCACAAGAUGAACCCAUUUGCAGCCUCAUGGCCACAUGUAUUUAGAUGUUUGCAGUCGCCAGUGAAUCAUUUCAUUCUCGUUCUAAAACAAUACUGACCUAGCUCUCUCUCUAGAUGAAAUACCAUCAUCUGUUUAUCAAUCUGAAAAUAUUAUAUCCAAUAAGUAGACUACUUAUAACAUUGCAAUCAUUCUAAGAGCUUGGAAUAGGAUUUUCUAAGUAUUAAGUACUGUCCAAUCUAAAAUAUGGAAUGCCAAUAGUUGCAUAGCCUCUUGUUUCCCACAGAAAAGGGGAAAGGAAUAGGAAUACAACCUGUUUCUAAUAUGCUGAUGCAUAAGCCUUAAAACUGCCAACUGGCUUGAUGAUUCAAUUGGUAACCUGAUUUAUUCCACACUCAUUUCUUGAUUUUAAGACUCAUUUCCCCAAAGCAAGAGUUAGUCACAGAAACAUGAAAAUUAAUUUAAAAUGUUCUUGGUUGUUAUUCUAUUUUUAUUGCCUAUGGAAUAUGUUAAUUUCUAAAAGAUAUGAGAAAGGCACCAAACUCCAACAUUCUAGUGAAGUAAUUUAAUUGAUAAGGCAAGAAAAAAAAAGACAUGAUUUACCCCCUAGAACUGAUUUUAAAACUGGCUAUAAUUCAAAAGGUAAAAAACAAAACUAUGAAGGGAUCUGAAAUCUAGUUUUUAAAGUUAAUAAUGCAAGAGAAAUUUUAUGCUUAAGCCAUUAUGGCAAUACAUGCAAAGUUUAAAUGAAUGACAGAAAUUUUGAUUCUAGACUACAUGUUGUGCUGUUUUGAGUACACUUUAUUUCAGAAAGUGAUAUUUAGUAUUUUCUAUACACUCUGAAAUCAUGAGCAUUUCACUUUUUCUAAGUCAA